CACGGCGAAAGGCGAGACAGACAGGCACACCGGCCGAAAGCGCGCACGACGUAAUCCUUUUGGAACUGCUGACUAGCGUGAAGGCGAUCUGGCGAUAAUGCUAGCGUGGUGUAAUGAUAAAUCCGUCUGGGCGGGACCGUGCCAAGCUGUGGCGGUGCAAGUCUAGGAAAAAAACUAUGCACCGCAGUGAAACGGACGAUUCGGACUGCUGACAAGUUAUGUUUUCGAAAAACAGAAGAAUGCUACUUGCGGGACGACUUUGCGUCGCAAUGCUGCUAGUGGCCGUGGCCGCGGCUGAAGAUAAGUGCCCCGUGGCUACAUGCGCCGAAAGGAGUUGGCCGAACGGUCGGCCACAGCCUCAAGUGUCGGCGCGCUUGUAUGGCCCUGGCCUCCGAGGAAACUUCAACCUUCCAGCCAGAUACUUUUUUGUACACCUCGUUGACGCUAGUGGCAACAACUUUACGGUAGCAUCCUCGACGAACCUUACUGUGAGUAUCACGGGAACCAACGGCCACUGCAGCAUUUGGACCCAGGUCCUGAGUCGAGGAGAUGGGCUUUUCAUUGUUCGCUACAAGCUCUUUAAAAGUUGCCCUGAGGCACAAGUGGAGGUCAGCUUCAAUGGAUCUCCCCUCAUGGAAUCGCCGGUUGUGGUUAAAGGACCCCUCCACCAUGAUGCUUGCAGUUGUCCUGCUCCUUUUAACAAGUGGCUUUUGCAGACAAAAUGUCCAACAGUGGAUCCUCAAAUCCUUAGGGAUCUGGCAUGGUUUGAAGAGAUAGACAUGAAGAAAAUGCUUCGUGAAGCCCUUCGACGAUUUGAUCAUCCUGGUUCUGUUAGCUUCUGCCAUUAUGCUGUUAUUAAAAACAAGGUCUACCGAAAAUGCUAUGGACAGCAUGUUGGGUUCAACAUGUUCAUGGACCAGAUACUGUUGUCUCUUGCUAGAAAGGUGCUUCUUCCGGACGUUGAAAUGCUUGUGAACCUUGGUGACUGGCCACUUGAGCAGAAGAGUCACACUGGAGUCCGCAUUCCUUUCUUUUCAUGGUGUGGCUCUAAAAGCAGCACUGAUAUUGUAAUGCCCACAUAUGACAUAACAGAAUCAUCUCUUGAAAUGAUGGGCAGGGUGACUCUAGAUCUUCUUUCUGUGCAAGGGAACAGUGGGCCAGCUUGGAAAGAGAAGCGUCCAUGUGGGUUCUGGCGAGGUCGUGACAGCUGCCCUGAACGCCUUGACCUUGUGGCUCUCUCACGUCGUCACCCGGAUCUAUUAAAUGCUUCCCUCACAAAUUUUUUCUUUUUUCGAGACAAGAUGGAUGUAUAUGGUCCCCAAACCAGCCACGUCUCCUUUUUUGAUUUCUUUAAGUACAAGUACCAAAUCAACGUGGACGGCACCGUGGCUGCUUACCGGCUUCCUUACCUUCUGGCUGGGUCUGGUUUGGUGCUGAAGCAAGAUUCUGAGUAUUAUGAGCAUUUCUACUCGCAUCUCACUCCCAUGGUGCACUAUGUGCCAUUUCAACGCAACCUUUCGGACCUAAUUGACAAGCUAACUUGGGCACGUGACCAUGAUGAGGUUGCACAUGGCAUUGUCAAGGAAGCCCAACAGUUUGCAUUGGAUCACCUCUUACCACACCAUGUGUUCUGUUACCAUGCACAGCUUUUCCAAGAAUACUCCCUCAAGCUAAAUCGACGUGCCAAAGUUGCUGAAGGCAUGGAAGAAGUGCCUCAACCUCAUAAUAAGCAGCCAUGUGACUGUGGAGAGCAGCAGAGGGAACAUGAUGAGUUAUAGCCGAAGAUACUCCAUAUACUGAAAGUAACAGCAUUUAUCCAAAAGGUGGAAUCGUAUUUUGCUACAUAUGGCACAAAAAUGAAUGUACAAAUUCCGUGUGCAUGGCAUGCACAUGGAACAUGCAAAUAGGUGUGAUUCGAAGAUAUGCUUAAAAGGAGUACUGACACGUUUUCAAACUCAUAGAAAUACUACUACAUGCUUCUUGUACAUAAAAAAUGACAGCAUAUAUGAAAGUUGGAAAAUAUUUUAAGACAUAUUAAUUUGGUACUUAAGUUUGUCUCAAAAGGUCAGACCUGGUGUCAUCAACAUCAUGACACAAAGCAAAAUUAGCUGACCUUGUGUAGCAGUUAGGUAUUCUGAUGUUUCUCAUGAAACAAUAAACAAGAGUGCUGUGCUUAUUUCUCCUGGCUGUGGUUGCAUGUGGCAACUGCAGCGAUUGCAAAAACAUAGCAAGCUAGUGCAUUCACCUAUUGAAACUGCUUUAAAACUUGUUCACAAGUGUCGUAGUAAUUUAUCAAGGGCACUCUGAUGCUUGCCUGUGUUUUUUCGAGAGUUUGAGGGCUUGGCCCUUCAUUUAGUGGACAAGUAAAAAAAUGUCAGUACUCCUUUAUUAGAGCUCUUAUGUGGACAAUUCCACGAGUAUUAUCAUCUGCAGCAAGAGCUGUCUUCACUUUGUAAAGCUUGUGUGUAGUAUAGGCGGUUUUCUUCGAGAAUACUCGGUGACUUUGGAUGCCAAAUGUAUUUCAGCCAUGCGAGUAGAAUGGCUUCAAGCAUAACUAGUGGCAUUUGGCUAGAUGUCUUGGUACUUAAAUGGAACCAAUAUUUUGUUUAUGGUGCAGGCUUGCAAACCUUAGCAUUUGUUAAUCACCCAUGUGUCAUGUGUUUCUUACUUCACUGCGUACUUCAAAUAUGAAGUCUUCAGUGAGAGGGAAGUUAAAAUGGCACCAUUUAACAAUGAUGUUGCUUAUUUGCUUAUUCUGAAAUGCACAUUUUGCCUUGACUACGUGUUCCGAAACAUGCUUACAAAGUAUAUUGAUGCACUGGUGUUAUAAGUACCACAAAUUAUUGACACUGCUAGUAAAGCUAUUCUCUCUCUCUCUCCUCCCCUGUCUUUCUCUGAAGUUUUUAUAAUAUUGCAGGCGUUCUAUUGCCAUAGGUCGGAACUGCUAAGAUUAAGGACAGUGCUUCACAAAAAUUUUCGUCUGCAUGAGACAGACAGAAGCACCUGCUGCUAUGUCUGUGCAGCUAUCUAUUCAUGUUGUCGUUUGGUUUCAUUACACUGUAAGUUGACAAACAAAUUGUGUUUAUGUGCCUGACAAACUAUCUGCUCCAAUUUGCGCAUGUCGUCAGUGUAAGCGCUUGUCAUGUAUACUUGUGAUAAGUGUAAAACACUUGUCACCAGUACUAUACAUUAAUUGCAAGUAUGCAAAAGGCAAUUGAGAGGCCUGUCUAAAGCAAGCUCCCUGCCCUAAGCUCCACAUUAUUUUUGGGCCCUUAAUAUUUCUGGUCACAAUGAGGAUGCUGACCUUGCAAAUUAAUUCCUAUGCAUUUUAAGCACACUGCAUCAUUACUGCUCAAAACAGCUAUGCUAGCUUUACUGUAUUCAUUUAAGCAAACUUUGUUUCAAGAGUUGGAGUAGUAUAUUUAGCUAGAUUUUGUGAUUUUCAGAUAAAAAGUAACAUAUUUGCCAGAAAAUUUCUUGCAGAUAUGAUUAAACCUCAAGAGCUGAUGGAAUAUGGCUGAUGUGUGAUAGAGAAGGCAGAAGGAGAGAAUACAUUGAGCUGUUGCUGCAUGCUUUUACCUGCUCUGUCAGCUAUUCCUUGCACCAACAUAUACCAGUAGCCCAUGGCAGGACAUCUGUGCCAUAGAGCAGCAAUAAUGUUUCUUUAGCGUUCUAUUGGUUAUGAGUGAGAUUCUUGAUUACAUUGAGGCACCAGUAUACUUUCAUCAGUAUUUCUCUUAUAGCAUUGAUGAUAUGUACAGGGUGUCCUAACUAGUAUGCGGCAAGUUUACAAAAACACUGAGCACUCUCUACAGCUUAAACCCCAUGUACAAAAUUAGGGGCAAUAUGAAGAAGCUUAAAGUAUUUAUGUCUAUUUAAUUAGAUAUCGUGUAUUUGCACAGUAAAAAGUUACAUUCUUGACUCUCUGUUUGACGAGGGUUGGUCUACUUACUGUCACUAAUGUGACACUAUCGAUAAUGAUUAAUUUGCUAACCUCACGAACGCUUACGUCUUGGCCCGUAUCAUAAAACAAGAAAUUUAGAUUGCCUUUCAAAAGAUCGGAUCCAUUUAUUUGCAGCAUGCUAUCAUUUUUGUAGCUCUUUUUUCCACAUUCUAUUUCUGCAUUAGCUCAUUCGUGUCAACAUGUUUGAGAAUAGCAAUGCUGCACCCAGACAAUUCGUGCAGCACCCAGGGCUCCGAGUGGCACAAUCCACCCAUUAACAUGGCUGGGCAGGCCUCUAAAAUAGGAUGUGUUGCCUCUAUUGGCGAUGGUCACUGCAUUCGUGCUAGCAACUGUUUCAAUGUGAACGGCAAAUUAAGAGGUGUGAACCAAAAUUUGUAGUAGCUUGGGUUUUGUUUUGCAUACUCAUGUCUAUAGUAAACUAUUGAACACAUAUCAUUCUAGGUAAGAAGCAAAACCAUUUAUCAUGAAUUCAGCAGCCACAACAAGAUAAACAUGCCAUCGCAUCUAUGAGACCACAGUGUCUGGCAUUGGGUAUGCUGUGUUCAUCUAUAAUGCCUGCGAAAGCAGUACUGCUGAGGCACACGAGCGAGCUAUGUUAAAAUUACUUUGUAUGUAGGCCUUUAUUUUUAAUACUGAAAAGCAGUUACAGAAAACAUAGCAUGCUGCAAAUAAUUGCAUAUAGUGUUUCUCAAAGGAUACCCAAGUGUUCUGUAUCGAUAGAUAGGUCAGUAAAUUAUUAUUCUGAGAAUUACCUAGAUAACCAUUAAGUAAUCUAAACGUAAGGUACUGGUGGCUUCUCCACAAAAGCUAAUAACAGGUGGGUUCACCAGUGUAAUAAGCAUCGAUCAAUCUGUCUCUCUUUAAUGUGGUGUAUAUUGGUUGGGGCAUUCUAUAGACGACACUUUAAAGCUAGCAGUCUGUGCACCAGGGGCCGCCACAGGCAUGCCGCCACUGAAUGCCUUCUGAAUCAAGAGCAAGCCUGCAUCAGCCACCACCCAUCUUUCCAGCAACAUUCCAACGAGAGGCCAGGAAUCGCUUAGCAUUAUUUAAUUAAAAUGUGAAAGGGCAUAGGGAAGACAUGCUCUGCUGUGAACUGCAAAAACUGCGACAGAGACUUUAAUGUGUGGUAUGAGACUGUGUGCGAGUUUCAUCCGCCUCCGCUGCACAAGGAAUGACUAUAUUUAGGGCCCUUCAUCAUGUAUGCCUUUCCACAAGGUGAGCACAACAAGCUUUACCACCAGUGCUGGAUAGCUAUUUGUUGGCAAUGAGUGGCAAGCGAUUCCUGGCAAUGACUGUCAGGCUAACACCAUCUGCAGCAGCAUCUGUCGCAAAAUAUUGCAACAUCUUAAACUUCAAUAAGCACGCAAAUCAGCACUACAUCCUCCUCACACAAGCACAACUGACAUACUCAAAGAACUUAACUUUCCACAACAGGAAAGUCAAGCAUGGAAUAGGUGGGCACCGUGAUUUUUCUGCGCUGAGAACCAAACAGCAGAAGAGCAAUUGCUCUGCCACAUGCAACAUUUUUUUUCCACAUUGUGUGCAUACAUUUUAGUCUGUGCUCUAAGAAACCAUUCCCAAGUUGUCUGAUCAGAACUAGCAACAAGAAUUGCUUGGUAAAAGCAGGUCGCCAACAGGCUUUUGUGUGCGUAAAUAAAUCUAUUGCAGAGCCAUAUUGUUGCACUGUCAACGACUACAACAGGUGCAUGGCUGUAACAGCCUUGCAAAUCUAUUGCUGCAAAGACUAGAAUAUAAAGGAUUAAAGCAAACAUCAGGCUGCUACAUUCGUCGCCUUCAGCUGGUAAGCAUACACACUAUUAAGAUUGUAGCGCAGACAGAAUAGAUAAAUUAAAGGUAUAAUUGCACUGCCUCUGCAGCUUAGGUAAAGCUUUAUGUUGUCUACCCUAUUGCUGCUCACCAAGCUGGCCGAAAUAGCGAUUGUCUGAGCUGUGCCUGUGGUCGUGGUGCCCAUUGUAAACAAGUGAGCAAACACUGAUCAGAAGGUGCUCAAUGGCGGGUGCUGUCUCUUGUGAGCCAAUAUGGCAGUGCCCAUCGAUAUGCCGCUGUAAAAAGUUUGUAUGAUGAUUCCUCCAUUUAUCAUUGUUUGUCAAAGAUAUCAAUUUUUUUUAUGUGUUAAGCUGCUGGGUACAUGUUUCUCAGACUUUUCUGUGUUCUCUGAAGUCACCUGUGUAGUAAUUGCUUCCAUAGUGAUAUUUUCUAAAGCUUCCAAAGUAUUUGGGUACUUUUAUUCGUGCUGAUAACUCAGUAUUAUGCACCCUACUUCCCUCUGGCAUCAUAAAGGUACUGUGAUACAGCAUAUUUGCUUGCUAUUUUAUUGUAAUAGCAUGAUCUGUGAUUAUGGUGUUGGGGCAUUUGUUUCUUCAGCGCAUGAUGUGUUCCUGUUUGUAGUGUCUUCUUCUGUGACACAAGAAAAAGCUUUCUCUAUAGAACUGUUUUCAAUAAAUUGUUCAAUGUUGCUGGCUGA